CUCGAUUCAUCUCAAAAACAAUCUACAGGAAUACUUACUCGCAAGAGAACUACUUGUCUCAUAUUGUCGCUGCCAUGUCGGACUCAACCCUCGUAAAAGCCGCUCAGGUCGCGGCUACUCUAGCUGCAGCUGCAGCUUCAGGCGGUAUCAUUUCUAUAUCCGUAUUCACUAUCCCUGCUAUUGCCCAGCCAUCUCGCCAGUCCAAAGGCCGCGAUCGCGAGAAGCCCGGAUCUGCCGUGUCUCACGUAGCACAGCAGUGGGAGGCAACCUACGAUCUUGGAAAAGUCGUUUUCCCAUCCAUAGCUUUAGCAUCGAGCUUGCUCUACUCCUACGUUGCAUACGCUGUUCGUGAUGGAACGCAUGGUCGUCGCUUGAGCGUGCUGUAUCUUACUGCCGCCGGGCUGGUGGUAAUGAUCGCACCAAUCACUGGAGCUUUGAUUGUUCCAGUCAACAACAAACUCCAUCCGUAUACCUUGAGAGAAGAUAGUUUUGUCAAGGGAGAAGCAAAUGCUGAAGAAAGGGCGCGUCAUGAACAUGAGGACCACGAGUUCUCGGGAUUGCUCCGAAAAUGGUCCCAAUUGAACCUUUUCAGAGGUCUUUUCCCACUUUUCGGAGCUACUCUGGGAGCAACGGCCGCUUUCGGGCUUGUUUAAAAUUGCUCAUUAUUUUUCUUCUUCUCCGGAGUAGUCUCCGUAAUCUCACUCUGCUCAAGGGCCCUCUUCACUCAGUUGCUAAUUCAUGACAGAAUAUCUCCAAUGCUUUCCUAACUGUUUUGAUUUCGGCGUUGGUUUCUUUUUUAAACAAAAUUGUGCCCAUGUGCUGUUGUUGGUUUCAUUCCUUGGGUACAGCGCCACUAGUGGAUGCCGAGGGCUACACUAUCUAAGUAGUUCUAAGUAGACGAUUUUUAAAGAUGAUAUAGCUAUUAAAAUGUUAAGAGUCAGUGCUUAAUCUAAUCAUAGUAAUGAACAAUGUCUAAAAUAUGGAUCAUAAUUUAAGUUAUAGACAUAUUUAUAUGGUCUGCUUGUCCUAUGC